GGACAGGGCGAUUGAAUUUGGAGGACGCCAAGCUGUCUGCGUGGAACGCGUCGAUGAUCAGAUACUGCAGUUCAAGAGUUUGAAUUUGGCUGAUUGGGUCUUGGCUUGUGCGGCUCGCCGCUCGCGCACGGACUUGGCUUAUGCCACAUUUUGAAUGUCAGCUUUCUCGUCGCGCUUGCUGCAGACCUCGGUGUGUGAUCUGUUCUGUCGAGGCUUGACACCGAAAAAGAUACUGACCCUCACGCU